AUAUAGGUACUGAGAUAAACAGUGUCUUGAGGAGGGAGGGAUAGAGAGAGAGAGGGGUAGUCCUGAGUCUGAGUGAGUGCCCUUUAAAUUCCAAGGUUGGCCCUGAGAGUUUCCAGCCCCUCCUCUCCCUUGUGUGUUCGUCUCCAUCUCCAUCCCCACUCCCGAGAUUUACUACUGCCGUGUAGUAUUGGCUCGAGAAACCAAGAUAAAUAGAGAGAGAAUGAGGCUAGGGAGAGUAUAGAAUAGGCUAGCAGCGGUUUGGCUGUGGAGAAGGUUGAUCAGUGAGUUCAUCAUCAUAUACUAGUCGUGCUAGAGUCCAGCAGCUACACAGCAGCCAAUAAAAAUCGGGAGGAGAGCAAGGGAAGAGAAAAAAAAUAAAAAUACCAUUCCCCUCGGCCGUAGCAGCAAUAGCAAUAGGAGCAAUAGUAGUGGUGGCGCGUGAGAGAGCGAGCCAAGUCCCCCUGGGCGAAACCCCCUGAAAACCUCUCCCAGAAACGCACCCAACCGACGUAACCGCCGACGCGAUGAGCGCGUGACGGCAGGGCAUGUCGGCGGAGGAGGCGAGCGCGUCGGCGUCGGCGUCGGCUGCGGCGGAGGCGGAGGCGUCCGGGUCGACGGCGCUGGUGCCGGCCGCCGCGGCGGAGGCGGGGGCGGUAAUGGGGGCGGAGGAGGCGGUGGCGCGGAAGCGGUACGAGGCGCUGAUGCAGGUGCGUGCCAAGGCGGUCAAGGGCAAGGGCGCCUGGUACUGGGGCCACCUGGAGCCCGUGCUCGUCCCGCCGCCGGGGUCCGGCGCGCCGCCCAAGGCCGCCAGGCUCCGCUGCGCGCUCUGCGCCUCCACCUUCUCCGCCUCCAACCCCUCCCGCACCGCCACCGAGCACCUCAAGCGCGGCGCCUGCCCCAAUUUCGCCUCCCCGCAUCCGCCGCCGCAGAUGCAGCAACAGCAGCAGCAGCAGCAGUUGGUUCCCGUGUCAUCAUCCGCGGCGGCGGCAUCGUCGAUCGUCCCCAUAUCAUCCAUCCCUCCGCCGCCCUCGUCCUCGCAGCGCCGGCACUCAACCGGCGGCGGCGGCGGCGCGCGCAAGAGGCACGCGCUGGCGGCCGCGUACGCCGCCGUGGACGCGUCUUCGCAGCAGCAGCAGCAUGUGGUGGUCAUGUCCGAACCAGCCGCCGCGUACUCUCAAUCGCCGCUGCCCGCGUUGCCGGCGCCCUCGCCGAGGCUGCAGGCGCUGUCCGGCGGCAGGGGCGACCUGAGCGCGCUGGCCCGGCUGGAGGACAGCGUGAAGCGGCUCAAGUCGCCCGUCAACUCGCCCGGCGCGAUGCUCCCGCGGCCGCAGGCCGAGGCCGCGCUCUCGCUGCUCGCCGACUGGUUCCUCGAGUCCUCCGGCAGCGCGUCGCUCUCCGCGGCAGAGCACCCAAAGCUCAAGAGCUUCCUGCGCCAGGUGGGCCUCCCGGAGAUGUCGCGGGCCGAGCUCGCGGGCCCCCGCCUCAACGCGCGCUUCGCCGAGGCCCGGGCCGACGCCGCGGCCCGCUUCCGCGAGGCCCGCUUCUUCCAGCUCGCCGCCGACGGGUGGCGAGAGCAGGUGAUCACGCUCUCCGUCAACCUCCCCAACGGCACCUCCGUCUUCCACCGCGCCGUGCCAAUGCCGAUGGCCUCGUCCGACUACGCCGAGGAGCUGCUGCUCGACGCCUCGGCGUCCGUCUCUGCUUCUGCAGACCUCCGGCAUUGCGCCGGCAUCGUCGCCGACCGAUUCGGCUCCAAGGCUCUGCGUCAUCUCGAGACCAAGCACCACUGGAUGGUCAACCUCUCUUGCCAGGUCCAUGGCCUGUCACGCCUAGUCAUGGACUUGGCGCGGGAGCUUCCCCUCUUCCACUCCGCCAUGGCCAAUUCUGCAAAGAUCGCCACCAACUUCAACACCAUACCCGCCUUGCGCGUGCUCCUGCACAAGCAUCAAGUCCAGGAGCACGGGCACGCUUUCCUCCUCCCCGUCGCCGCCGGUGCGCCGUACAAUAGCAGCGAACUCAACGCGGCGUUCGCGAUGCUCGAGAGCAUACUGACCUCGGCGCGGCCGCUCCAGCUUGCCGUGCUCGAGGAGUCCUUCAAGCUCGUCUGCAUCGACGACCCUGCCACCAGGGAGAUCGGUGACAUGGUGCAGAAUGUGGCCUUCUGGACCGAGGUGGAGGCGGCGCAUUCCCUCGUGAAGCUGAUCAUGGACAUGGUGAAGGAGAUGGAAACUGAGAGGCCGCUCGUCGGGCAAUGCCUGCCACUCUGGGAGGAUCUCCGCGGCAAGGUCAGAGGCUGGUGCCGCAAAUUCAACAUCGAAGAAGGCACGGCCAUGAAUGUGCUCGACAGGAGGUUCAGGAAGAACUACCACCCGGCAUGGUCGGCGGCAUUCAUACUGGACCCGUUAUAUCUGAUCAAGGAUGCCAGUGGAAGGUACCUUCCCCCGUUCAAUUACUUGACGCCGGAGCAAGAGAAGGAUGUGGACAGGCUUAUCACGAGGCUCGUUUCGCCGGAGGAGGCGCACCUCGCACUGAUGGAGCUAAUGAAAUGGCGAUCGGAGGGGCUGGACCCGUUGUACGCGCAGGCAGUGCAGGUCCGUCAGCCUGACCCCUCCACGGGGAAGAUGAAGAUUGCCAACAAGCAGAGCAGCCGGCUCGUCUGGGAGACGUGCCUGAGUGAAUUCAAGUCACUUGGCAAAGUGGCAGUCAGACUCAUCUUCCUCCAUGCAACUGCCAAGGGGUUCAAAUGCACGCCGUCGAUGGCGCGAUGGCUGACCGCUAGUGCUCCGGGGAGCUCGGUCGGUGGCACUGGCCGUGCACACCGGCUUGUGUUCAUCGCGGCCAAUUCAAAGCUGGAGAGGAGGGAUUUCUCCAACGACGAUGACAAGGACGUGGAGCUGCUCACAGAAGGAGAUGAUGACAUGCUAACUGAGACUGCCAAUGUGGAUCCCUCUUCGGUGUAGCAAUUCCUGCCUGCUUAAUUUGCUUCUUGUGCAUUUGCUGUUAGCAUUUGUAGACUUUGAUCCCUAGGAAUUGUUAGAUUCUUUUUUUCCUUGUUUUCUCUUCUGCCCCCCAUGUUGCUAGUUCUUGCUCCCUCCUCUUGUUUUGUUUGGGUGGGGAGUAGGGGCAUGAGAUGGAGAUAUGCAUCAACCUUAAUUUGCUUGUCAAGUGUGCUUAAUUAAUAAAUGACUCUCUGCUGUCA